CUCAAGAAAAAUAACAAUAUGUUCACUUAAAGAAGUGAAAGUCCAUCAUCUUAGUAACUAAAACAAAUUUUAUCAAAGUCAAGGAUAUAUUCAUAUCCCCACCGGGCAUUUGUGAAAAAAAAAAAAAAAAAAAAAAAAAAAGGUACGAUUUUAAAAUAGCUGGUUUAACCUAUUUUAUGAGAGAAUACUCAAAUAUAAAUAUGAUUAUUCACUCAUAAUUUUAGUUGAAUGUAUUGACUCUUGUAUUAUUUCUCAAAUGAUUUAUAUCCACCUCAAUGAUUAAUGACUCAUGGCAUGGGAGAGCGCGAGGCAUAUUAUAAAUAAAAUUGCUAUUUUUAAGUCCACUACAUGAUACAACAAAAACAUCUCGAAUUCUGAGUUUUGUAGUCUCUUUGGAUAUGAUGUCUUUAUCAAAACCAAAAUGGUAAAUAAACAAAUAAAAAAAUACAUUUUUUAAUAAAGGAUAGCUUUCAACAUAUAUCCUAAUUUUCAAAUCUUUCCCUCUAAAAAAAAGUAAAAAAAUAAAAAUAAAAUAUGAAAUGAAAUCCUUUUCUAAAAUCUAUUUAAAGGGGUGAUGAGGAGAAACUUGAAAGCAGCAGAUUGAGCAUGGCAAUUCAAGGCUCUCUACUACUUGUCCUGGUGGUCCUGGUCAACUCGUUGGCUAGGACUGAGUUUGCUUUAGCGAGUGGAGUGUCAAUUUCCUUUAAUCGUAGCAGUUUUCCUGAUGGUUUUUUAUUUGGAGCAUCCUCAGCUGCCUACCAAUAUGAAGGUGCAGCCAAAGAAGGAGGGAGAGGCCCAAGCAUAUGGGAUCAAUUCAUUCACACAUAUCCAGGUAAAAUAACGGAUCGUAGCAAUGGAGAUGUAGCGGACGAUUUUUAUCAUCGUUAUAAGGAAGAUGUGCAACUGAUGAAGUUUACAGGGUUGGAUGCUUUCAGAUUCUCUAUCAGCUGGCCCAGAGUACUGCCUACUGGGAAGCUGAGUGGAGGAGUGAACAAGGAAGGUGUGGCCUUCUAUAACAGUCUCAUCAACGAGCUACUAGCAAAUGGUAUACAACCCUUGGUGACAAUCUUUCACUGGGAUCUUCCCCAAGCUCUACAUGAGGAGUAUGGUGGCUUUUUAAGCGCUCUGGUUGUGGAUGACUUUCUCGAUUUCGCUGAACUUUGCUUCAAAGAAUUUGGUGACAGAGUAAAGCGUUGGCUCACCAUGAAUGAACCAUGGAUUUUCACCACCGGUGGCUAUGAUUCAGGCGCCUUCGCACCCGGACGGUGUUCUUCUUGGAUGAACAACGACUGCCCUGCCGGUAACUCCGCGACUGAGCCUUAUAUUGUUGGCCACAAUUUGCUCCUUUGUCAUGCAUCAACAGUCAAACUGUACAAGCAGAAAUACCAGGCCAAACAAAAGGGCCAGAUAGGGAUAACAACAGUGUCUCAUUGGUUUGUGCCCUACUCGAGGUCCAAAAUUAACCAUAUAGCAGCCCGACGAGCCCUUGAUUUUAUGUAUGGAUGGUUUCUUCACCCGAUAACUUAUGGUGAUUAUCCGCCUAUAAUGCGGAGGCUUGUUGGAAAACGAUUACCAAAAUUCACUGCUAAGCAAUUUGCGAUGCUGAAAGGCUCCAUGGAUUUUCUUGGAAUCAAUUACUACACUGCAAAUUUUGCUGCUAAUGUUCCUUUUGCUAAUAGUAUUAAUGUCAGUGCCACGGCUGAUAAUCUUGCCAAUCUUACAACGGGCCGAAAUGGAAUACCAAUUGGGGACCCGACUGGUGUUAGCAAUUUUUUCGUAUAUCCACAAGGACUCCAUGAUCUUCUGGUCUAUACAAAAGAAAAAUACAACAAUCCAACUAUUUACAUUACAGAAAAUGGUAUGGGUGACUAUGACAAUAGUACAGCUAAGGAAGGCGUUAAGGAUUAUCAGAGGAUAGAUUUCUACCAACGCCAUCUUUUGGCCGUUAAAAAAGCCAUCGAGGAGGGUGUCAAAGUUAAGGGCUAUUUUGCAUGGACAUUUCUUGACACUUUCGAAUGGGCCUCAGGAUACACAUUAAGGUUCGGUCUCAACUAUGUAGAUUUCAAAGAUGGACGGAAAAGAUACCCCAAGUACUCGGCCCUUUCGUUCAAAAAAUUCCUCAAGAAAAAAAAGUAAGAUUUGUUAUAAGCUAGAGAGUGCUUUGGUUUGGUUUUCGACUCAGUUCGGAUCAAAUAAGGGGAAGAUCAACAUAUGGAUUUGAUACAUAUGGUUAGAGCUUCUGAUUUACUAUGGAAUGUGUGGCCUGUUUGGCUUUUGGAUUUGAUAUUUAUGAAUUGUAAUGUGCUCUAAGUUUAAUCUAAUUAUUUGCUCUUGAAAAAAAAAAAAAGAAUCUUCAUUGCUAAAUUUGAAUGCUCGUAAUUACUUUCAGUAAUUGUGGUGCCAUUGUUCAUGGGUGUGGA